AUGAAGAUGCUCCACCUGGGCAUUCCAUUUCAGACAGUCCUGGGGGACUGGGUGCAGGACUGCCUUGGGAAGGGUGUCUGCUCCCUGGAGGGGAAGAAAGUUCCAGGGAAAGAUGAAGCAAAACACGAUGAUAUUAACAGAAUCAGGCAGACCCUUAAAGAAUUUAAUCCAUUUUCUUCCUUCUCAUCUUCAGGGUCCCUCGGGACAGCUGGUCGGGUGUGCAACCAGACGUCGCGCGGCAUGGACAGCUGUGAGGUGAUGUGCUGCGGGAGGGGCUACGACACCGCCCGCGUCAGCAGGGUGACCAAGUGCGAGUGCAAGUUCCACUGGUGCUGCGCCGUGCGCUGCCAGGACUGCCUCGAGGUGGUGGACAUUCACACCUGCAAGGCGCCAAAGAGCCCUGCCUGGAUGGCCCGGACAUGA